CGGCCACAAGUCAACUCGGCCACAAGUUAACUCGGCCACAAGUCAACUCGGCCACAAGUUAACUCGGCCACAAGUCAAACACAUGUGUGUUUUUCCAGACUACCCUGGGCCUACUCCGGGUGCUCGAAGUCAAACGCCUUGAUAUGAUUCAAGCUGCAAGAUCAUAAGAUAUGCAGACAAAAAAAACUAUAAGAAUGCAAGUGUAAAGAUGACACAGUAGACCAACAUAAGAUGAUUAUGGAUUCAAACAAGAAAGAGUGUGAUGCAAAGAUUUCCAAUCAAGCUAAAGCAUUCUUCAAACUGAUGCCAAAGUCCCAAAACGCAGUAUUAGACAAACAAGGAAAUAAGCAAGCAGUUGCUGUGGAUUUUGAGUACACUUAUCCAUUGAAAUUGAUGAUUCCAAAGUUUGCUAGUACCAACAACUGUGUUUGGGUUUACUUUAUUAGUUUUGGAGGUGGAUUAGUGGAGGGUGACAAGCUUCAAUUCAGUGUGGAAAUUGGUACGGAAUGCUGUUCAGUUAUUACCACUCAAUCAUCGACUAAGGUGUUUGCAUGUUCAGGUGGUUUGUUGACUGAGCAGCAUUUAGUUGCAAGGAUCUGUCCAGGUGGCCUACUUGCUUUCUUACCAGAUUUCAUAGUUUGCUUUGAGGACGCAGCUUACAAACAAACUCAAGUCUUCCAUAUGUCCCAUGAUUCAUCACUUAUAGUUCUUGAUUGGUGCACUUCUGGCAGAAUGGCAAAUAAUGAAAUAUGGGAUUUCACAAGCUUUAGAAGUAGUAAUUCUAUUUUCAUAGACAAUAAACUAGUCUUUAAAGAUUGUAUGCUACUUGACCAACAUAAAAUAGUUCCACUGAAAGAAGCAAUGCAUCAUUAUAAUGUACUAGCUACUUGCAUUAUUAUUGGAAAAUCAACAGAAGAACAGUGUCAACAUCUACUGCAGGUUUUAGGCAAGCGUCAAGCAUUAGGCGAGUUGAUCAAUGCAGAUGUGUCACUGGCAAUAAGUGAAUUAAAGUACACAGUAGAGGGCGUGAAGAUCCCAGGUGUAGUUAUCAAGUUUGCCACCAGUAACACUUUACAAGCCAUCAAACAAAUUGAAGAGAUUCUACAGCAUUUCUACAAUCGUCUUGGAGGGAAUCCAUUUGAAGGCAAAUAUUAAUGUCUGCAUUCAUUUUUAUUAUUGUUCAAUAGGAUAUUGAUAGCAAUAUUAUAAAAAUAAGCUAUUUUUAUAUACAAUCUGUUUAUUUAAUUUACAAUAGAGUAGAACCUACAUAUUUUGGGACUACUGAUAUUUACUUUUAUUGUUUUAGUAAUAAACAAUGAUUUUAAUUGUAAUACUGCACAAUGACGAUAUUAUACUGUUGAUUCAGAUCGUAUACGAUCUAGACAGGCCUACCUGACUAAUUUACUUGUAGUUUGACACCAUAUAUAAUCUCACUUGGCAUUCUGUUUUAUAUUUGAAUUUGUUUUGUUAGUGUUAUACAUAAUAUGUAGUUUCUACUAAAUUCUUAUAAUAUAUCUGUAAAUAAGCUGGUGGUACAGAUAGUGGUGUAGAUUGCCAGCAAGUACACAAUCCUUUUAUACUGGUAUUUGAAGGAUAUCCUUAAAGCCUUGUCCCAACUAUCAAAUUUUAUUUGACAAAAACAUGUGACAUACCUAAAUAUGGCCAUGAUGACAUCACAUCAUGACCAUAUACAGGCACAUCAUGACCAUAUACAGGCACAUCAUGACC